GGGUGUGUUGUCUGAGAAAUUAAAAUGGGAAUCUGCAGCUCCUGCGAGUCGACUGCGGUGGCGACGGCGACGGCGAAGCUGAUUAUGGACGACGGCAGGCUGCAGGAGUAUCCGUACCCGGUGAAGGUCUCCUACGUUCUGCAGAAGAAUCCGGCGUGCUUUAUUUGCAACUCCGACGAGAUGGACUUCGACGACGUCGUUUCAGCCGUCAGCGCCGACGACGAGCUCCAGCUCGGUCAGCUCUACUUCGCGCUGCCUUUGAGCCGGCUCAAGCGCCGGCUCCACGCCGACGAAAUGGCGGCAUUGGCCGUCAAAGCCAGCUCCGCCCUUAAUAAAUCCACCUGCUGCAGCGCCGCCGCCGAUUGCCGGAAUAUCAAUCUCCUUUUUUCCGGUGCAGGGAAUGGGCUCCGGAAGUCCCAGAGAGUGGCGGAGGGCGGCAGCGCCGCCGGACCGGCGGCCGGAUCGCGGCGGAGGAAAAAAAUCGCGGCGAGAUUGAGCGCCAUACCUGAGUAAUUAUUAAUAAAUAAUUAAUUAAUUAGUUAGGGUUACAUAGUUUUUGUAAAUAUAAUGUAAACGAUGGGUUGAGUUAAUUAAUAAUAAUAAUAAAGAAAGACAAUGCAACUAAGCAGCUGUCUAUUUUGGGACAAGUUUCCAUUAAUGGUGGAGUGAAGGUAAAGGUAAUUCAAUGAUA